UUCAAAAGUGCCACUGUUGGUGGAUUCUGAUGGAGAGCCGAUGCAGCAGGCAAAAGUGAAGGCAUCCCGGGCCCUGGCCCCAGGAGGACCACUCAUGAGACCACCCUCCCACGUUCUGCUGCAGGAGUCAGGAUGGAAAAGCAGAUGUGAAGUCCCUCAUGGCGAAGUUUAACGCAGGGAGCAACCCGACAGAGGAGGUCUCGGGCAACAACAGGCCCUUCAAAGUCACAGGACAAAGCUCCCCUUCAGGAAUACAAGCGAGGAAGAACUUAUUCAACAACCAAGAAAAUGCCAGCCCUCUCACAGGACCUAGCAACGUGCCUAAGUUUGGGACUCCAAAGCCACCUUUGGCAGUGAAACCCACUUUUGAGGAAAAGCCUGACAAGGAGCCCAAACCCCCGUUUUUGAAGCCUAGUGGGGCGGGCCAAAGAUUUGGAACAGUGGCAAACCCAACCACCAGAGACCUUGAGGCAAAAGUGGGAUUUCUGAAGCCUGUAGGCCCCAAGCCCAUCAACUUGCCCAAAGAAGAUUCUAAACCUGUGUUUCCCCGGUCUCCUGGAAGCAAGCCAUCCCUUCACAGUGGGAACCAAGACCAGGACUUGAAGACACCAGGCCCAAAGCCGGGGCCUGCUCCUCCGGCCCAGGAAAAUGAACAGAGGCAAGUGUUCCCAAAGCUGGCGGGGGCUAAAGGCAAGUUCAUGUCAGCGUCACAAGAUCAUGACCCCAAGCCCCUGUUCCCCAAGCCCGCCUUUGGCCAGAAGCCAUCCCUGAGUGCCGAGGACUCCCACGAGGACGAGAACCCCACAAAGAAUGUGUCUGCACAGAAAGGACCCUCAGCAGCCCUGGGAGCCAAGUCCAAGAGCGGCCCUUUGAAACCAGCAAGGGAAGACCCCGAAAAUAAAGGCCAUGGAGGUGACACUUCAAGUUCACCGUUUCCUGGAGUGGUUCUGAAACCUGCUGCCAGUAGAGGAAGCCCAGGACUCUCCAGAAAUGGCGAAGAGAGAAAAGAAGAUAGGAAGAUAGAUGCUACCAAGAACAUCUUCCUGAGCAAAGCGAACCAGGAGGAGGUAGGGGCUCCUCCUGCCAAGUUCCCUAAGGCUCCUUCCAAGUUGACAGUGGGGGGGCCAUGGGGCCAAAGUCAAGAGAAGGAGAAGGAAGAGAAGAACCCAACAACUCCAAAGCGGAUGCCAUUACCUCCCUUGUCAGUUUUGGGUCCACCUCCACAAAAACCCAGCAGACCACCAAAUGUAGACCUGACAAGAUUCCAAAAAACUGCUUCUGCAAACAGUACCAGCAAAGGCCAGACGUCUUACUCAACAACUACCCUGCCGCCAACUCCAUCAUCCCAUCCACCCAGCCAACCACCCUUGCCAGCGUCUCACCCAGCACAGCCACCAGUCCCAAGCCUACCUCCAAGAAACAUGAAACCUUCCUUUGAACCCAAAAACUCCAUAAAUGAAGAAAAUCAAGAUGGUGUCAUGCACUCUGAUGGUACUGGAAAUCUAGAUGAGGAACACGAAAGUGAAGGAGAAACAUAUGAAGACAUAGAAGCAUCCAAAGAAAGAGACAAGAAACGGGAAAAGGAGGAAAAGAAGAGAUUAGAGCUAGAGAGAAAGGAACAGAAAGAGAAAGAAAAGAAAGAACAAGAAUUAAAGAAGAAAUUUAAACUAACAGGCCCUAUUCAAGUUAUUCAUCUAGCAAAAGCUUGCUGUGAUGUCAAAGGAGGAAAAAAUGAACUGAGUUUCAAGCAAGGAGAGGAGAUUGAAAUAAUCCGCAUCACAGACAACCCUGAGGGAAAAUGGCUGGGCAGAACAGCACGGGGGUCAUAUGGCUAUAUUAAAACAACUGCUGUAGAGAUUGACUAUGAUUCCUUGAGACGGAAAAAAUCCUCUCUCAGUGCUCUUUCAUCAAAACCUGUUGAAGAUGACCAGGAAGUCUAUGAUGAUGUUGCAGAGCAGGAUGCGAGUAACAGCCACAGUCAGAGCGGAAGUGAAGGAUUCCCACCACCACCAGAUGAUGACAUUUAUGAUGGAAUAGAAGAGGAAGAUUUUAAUGAAGGCUCCACACUACAGGUGGAAGAGAAGAGUAACACGUGGUCCUGGGGGAUUUUGAAGAUGUUAAAGGGAAUAAAUGACAAAAAGAAAAGUAUACGAGAGAAGCGUAAAGUCUCUGAGUCAGACAAUAAUGAAGGUUCAUCUUUCCCUUCUCCUCCUAAGCACCUGGAUGUGGGAGAAGAAGUAUAUGACGAUGUGGAUGCUUCGGAUUUCCCUGCUCCAUCAACAGACAUGAGUCAAGGAAUCAAUAUUGGAAAACCCAAGACAGAAGAAAAAGACCUGAAGAAGCUAAAAAAGCAGGGAAAAGAAGAAAAAGAUCUCAGAAAAAAAUUUAAAUACGAUGGUGAAAUUAGAGUUUUAUAUUCAACUAAAGUUUCACCUUCAUUAACUUCUAAAAAGUGGGGCACUAGAGAUCUGCAGAUAAAGCCUGGCGAAUCUCUUGAAGUUAUACAAAACACGGAUGAUACAAAAGUUCUCUGCAGGAAUGAAGAAGGAAAAUAUGGCUAUGUCCUUCGGAGUUAUCUGGUCGACAAUGAUGGAGAGAUCUAUGAUGAUAUCGCUGAUGGUUGCAUCUAUGACAAUGACUAGCAGUUGGCCCUGUUCAUUCUGCCACACUUAUCAGUUGCCAACAUGAAGUCUGGGUUUUAAUUGGCAUGUUUUAUUGGGUAUCUUAGAAAAAUGAAUGCACAAAACCACUUCUUAUCAUUUGUUAUGAAAUGCUGGUAAUCUUUAUAAAGUUUUGAAAUUUUGAGUUUAGAAAAUCAUCUACUUAAUAUCUCAAAAGAUUGUGUUAGUGAGAUGUAAGAAUUAUUAAAUAUCCCAUUUUUGCUUUGUCUACAAUUGUGAACAUACUUCUUUUAGACCAUCAAUAGAUAAUCUCCUCUACUCCCUCUGCUCCCCAUAAAAAGAAGGAAAAAAAGGAAUAUCAUUGAAGAAAUCACUGUCCUGUUCAAAAAGUAACAGAAAAGAAUAAAGAAUGUAAGGAAGAAAGUUUUAAAACAAUUCACAAGAAGGAACACUGUUGUUUGCAUCUCUACUUAUGAUAGUAUCAUAUAUUCUCUACUCGAAUUGUCUCUUUUCAAAAGCCAGAGUUAGAUCCUACCCUGCUAAUGGGUUAAAUGUUUCCAGAAAUUAUAACAGAGGUGGAACUUUGGUAUAAAGUUUGUCCCCAUUUGUUAAUUGCAAAUAUAUGUUAAUUAUUUGAUAAGAACAUUAUGCAUUCAUUAUGUGCAUCUAAGAUUAAAUGGUAGCAAAGACUAAAAUAAGUUUGAUUUUUGCAGAUUCAUAUGCUAACAGUUUAAUUCUGUACUCUUUUUAAAAGUACUAUUGUGACUGGAGUAGAUAGGAAGGAGACCACCCUACAGUUUUGAAGAAUGGAAAAAAAGGACCUUGAAAAUCACUGGUCUUUUAUGGCACCUCCUUACUAGAAAGACUUUUAAAGAUUUUUGUUUUUGUUUUCAAUCGCCCUUUGCAGAUCUUAAAAAAAAAAAAAAAAAGAGUUUAACCCUUUACUAGAAAGUUGGCAGAUUGGCAGAAAGAGCACAAAAUUAAUGCAAACUUGUGUUGGACUGGAAUGCUCCCUAUCCAUACUCAUUCCCAGAGCAAAUGCCCCCAAAUGUGAAGCAUUUGGGUUUCAUAUGCUUAGAACACUACACUGCAUGACACAAAGUGCAAAACCCUGACACUCAAGAAAGGAACACAUUAGGUAAUUUUCCCCACAACUUCUAAAAUAUGAAAUUAGCAAAUCCCAAUGCUGGCUUUUCUAUUAAUGAGGCAUGAUGAGGCCCUCAUCUGCAAAACACAGGAUUACACUGUCAGUUUUUCCCUUUUUUUCACUAUCAAUUUCCUCAAGCUUGUAUCCCAGAGGCAUGUUUCAGAAGCCUUUGUCCAUUUGUAAGAUUCAUUGAUUAAAUAAUCAUUAAUGUA